AGCGCUCGCCGCGCGCGCCCAUCGAUCAGGCCCCCUCCCUCCGCCGCCUCGGCGCAGACUGCUAAGCUCAGCAAGUCUUGCGGCAAAGGCACUUCGGAGCCGAGUUGGGGCAGCGGCGGAGCGGUGACUCCGCGCCCCAGAGGAACGGGCGCCCCUGCGAAGCCGUCGCCAGCGCCGCGUCCUUGCGGCCCGACGCCCUCUCACCUCGGGGACCCCGGGUCUCUCCUGCCUCCUUCGGGUCGCCCUCCGCUGUCCCCUCUGCCACCAUGAGGAACAUUUUCAAGAGGAACCAGGAGCCCAUUGUGGCUCCUGCCACCACCACCGCCACGAUGCCCAUCGGACCCGUGGACAACUCCAACUCCACUGAGAGUGGGGGUGCUGGGGAGAGCCAGGAGGACAUGUUUGCCAAACUGAAGGAGAAGUUUUUCAAUGAGAUCAACAAGAUUCCCUUACCACCCUGGGCCCUGAUCGCUAUUGCUGUGGUUGCUGGGCUCCUGCUCCUUACGUGCUGCUUCUGCAUCUGCAAGAAGUGCUGCUGCAAGAAGAAGAAGAACAAGAAGGAGAAAGGCAAAGGCAUGAAGAAUGCCAUGAACAUGAAGGACAUGAAAGGGGGUCAGGAUGACGAUGAUGCAGAGACAGGCCUGACUGAGGGGGAAGGUGAAGGGGAGGAGGAGAAAGAGCCAGAGAACCUGGGCAAACUGCAGUUUUCCCUGGACUAUGAUUUUCAGGCUAAUCAGCUUACUGUGGGCGUUCUGCAGGCUGCUGAACUGCCUGCCCUGGACAUGGGAGGCACCUCAGACCCUUACGUCAAGGUCUUCCUCCUUCCAGACAAGAAGAAGAAAUAUGAGACCAAAGUCCAUCGGAAGACAUUGAACCCUGCCUUCAACGAAACCUUCACCUUCAAGGUGCCAUACCAGGAGCUCGGGGGCAAAACUCUGGUGAUGGCCAUCUACGACUUUGACCGCUUCUCCAAACAUGACAUCAUUGGAGAGGUAAAGGUACCUAUGAACACGGUGGACCUUGGCCAGCCCAUCGAGGAGUGGAGAGACCUGCAAGGUGGGGAGAAGGAGGAGCCAGAGAAGCUGGGCGACAUCUGCACCUCCCUGCGCUACGUGCCCACGGCCGGGAAGCUCACUGUCUGCAUCCUGGAGGCCAAGAACCUCAAGAAGAUGGACGUGGGUGGCCUUUCAGACCCCUAUGUGAAGAUCCACCUGAUGCAGAAUGGCAAGCGGCUCAAGAAGAAGAAGACAACCGUGAAGAAGAAGACCCUGAACCCGUACUUCAACGAGUCCUUCAGCUUCGAGAUCCCCUUUGAGCAGAUUCAGAAAGUCCAGGUAGUGGUCACUGUGCUGGACUAUGACAAGCUGGGCAAGAACGAAGCCAUAGGCAAGAUCUUUGUGGGCAGCAAUGCCACGGGCACAGAGCUGCGGCACUGGUCCGACAUGCUGGCCAACCCCCGGAGGCCCAUCGCCCAGUGGCACUCGCUCAAGCCUGAGGAGGAGGUGGAUGCACUCCUGGGCAAGAACAAGUAGACAGCGGCAGCUGGGACCCCACACCUUUCACGGACACUGACAAGAUCCAGAGCUAUCAAUACCUCAGUUAUGCGACCCUAGAGGUUUUCUUUCUCCUUUAAUUUGUUGGUGGUUGUGUCCUUGUUUUUCCCUUUUUAAAGACCAACUUCCCUUUGGUGGCUGUGUGAGGAGAGUCCCCUAAGAGGUCAAAGACAAGCCUGGCUCUGUUCAUGGUCCCAGGAGCUGCCCUUGCUGCAUGCCCUGUCACAGUGUCCCCCACUCUUUCAAAGCUUCGCAUCUGCCUCACCCCAAGCGAGGCCCUCUACUGGCACAAACUUGCAGCACUUCCUGUUUUUUGAGCCUUCUGGACCAACAAAAUGGCGGCACAUCCUGCUUCCUGACAGGGAAGGCAUCACAGUGGCCAAUGAUCCAUGUGUGUGCGUGUGUGUGUGUGUGUGUCUCUGUGUGUGUGUGUGUGUGGUGUGUAUGUAUGUGUGUGUGUGGUGUGUAUGUAUGUGUGUGUGUGUCUUUGAGCAUCUCUCUUCAUUCCUGGAAUGAGCCAUGGACAGUGAAGUGUGGGAAAAGAAGGCUCUUUGGGGACCCUGAUAUGAAGGAAGUCCACUAAGUGGGAGAUCUCUCAUCUAUGGCAAAGUCUCAGGAUCCUGCUCAGAUGCCGGAGCUUUCAUACUCCUGUUGGUGGCUAUUUGGGAGGCAGAAAGAUGUGAAGACUGGAUGUGUCCAGAACUAGGACCAAAGCCCUGAUGCCAUCAAAGACUUCUUCCUGCCAGUCAUGGUUUCCCCAGAAGUGUGGUUCCUGGGACAUUCAUGGAUAUGCACUAUUCACUAAUUUGGUCAGACUCUGACAGGGACUCUGUCCCAAAAUCUCACUCUUAUUGACAGUAAAUAUCGAACCUUGAAGAAACAGAAGUCCCAUGACCAGAAAGACUAAAAUUAAACUCCUGGAUCUUCAUCCCAUCCAGUGGGAAACACAGAUGCUUUCUCCUUUUCCAGAAUAUAAUAUAAGCAGUCUGGUUCAUUUGCAUUUAUUCCCCAUCGUGCUUUUGCUUCUGUUUUAAGUGGAGCAACACUGUCUGAAGACACGUUAUCUGUGCAGAGCCAUAGGACUUUAAAAGGAAAGUUUAAAUGUUCUUAGUUGCCCUGAGGUCCAGGUAAGAAGGGGAUGAUAAGAAGAGGAUGGGGGACAGAUGUCUGAUAUUUCCUGGGAUGAAAUAUAGGAGAGCACUGGAAUUCCCCCAAACUCCCACUCCUUGCUUCCUGGGCCCUCUGCCCUCCAUGCUGGAGAGCUGAUAGGUAGCUGGAGUGGCCCAGGGAGACCUAUGGGGAGGCCCUGUCCUACCACUGGGGGACUUCUCUCUAUGAAAGCUAAAAAACAAAGGGCAUCCAUUCCAAAUGAGUAGCAGAGGAGACCUGCCAGGGUUUCUGACCGUGCUCAGUUGUAUCCUAUUCCCUGUUCACCUUUUGUCCCCAGCCCUGAUAUAAAAGCCAUAUAUAUGUUAGUCAGGUUUGCACCGAGUCUUCCUCCAAACCUUCAGCCUGGACAAGAGAGUGAGGUCCCCUUGUGGCCAGAGGCCAGCCCUCUUUGCCUCCCUUCCUUUGGCCUCUCUCUUCCAUCCAUGAAGCCCUUAGGCCCUUGCCAUUUUUUUCACCACAGAAGACUCACGGCUUCUCCAGAAGCCUGAGUAUCUCUUUCCCAGCACAAAUGGCAGCAUUUCCAUGCUGCCCCAUCUGGGCCACUUCAGCUUCCUGUAGACACCUGAGACAGACGGAUGGUGUUGAGGGAAUAAGGCUUUGAGGAUCCAGCAUGAAGAAGGUGCAGAGUGUCUUUUUAUUUUAAAAAUAGGGAAGGGGCUUUUGGUUUUGCUUUGUUUUUUGGCUGAAGGAGUGAGGGAGGUGAGGGAAUACCCCCACCAGAAACACACUGGAGAGCCUGCCUGUCUCUCGGAGAUCCUUCUUUGUCUUGUUAGUGGUACCUGGAAGUUACAUUUGUACUGGGCUGUGUGUGUGUGUGUGUACGUGUGUACGUGUGCACUUAACGAUGGGAAGGUAAGACUCUGAUCAGGAUUAUGAGCUGUGGUCCUUGGGGCCAAAGGUGUGGUCAUGGUAGAGAGUUGUGGGACAAUCGGGUGCUUUCAGAAAGCUGGGUGGCCACAGAGUAGGAUUUCCUGAUACGGACAUCAGAAAUCACUGGACUCUUCUCCCAUCCCCAGAGCUGUGGGAUUUUGGUGCUUUCUCAGGGUCUCUCCCCAGACUCAUUCUCCUUACCCAUAUCCCACAGACUCACUCAUAGAGACCCCCUUGUCGAUAUCCCUGCUACCUUUAUUCCUUUCCCCUUUCCCAAUCCACCUUCUACCACCUGGGAUUCUUUUCCACUCAUGAACUUCAUUCAGCCCUUCCAAAGCCCAAGAUUUGUACUUCCUUGACCAGGAGGAAAGGCAAUGGUAGGAGCCUUUGAUGGUCUGGGUGUCCAUGUGCCUGGUGACGAGGGCUGGAUUUUAUUACUCUGAGCCCACUGUUAGUGAGCAGCCUUGAGGGGUGGGGACAGGUUGCUGAGUAACUUUGAAUCUUGGCACCAGUGUGGAGCCAGUGUGGUUGUGGGGAGCAGUGCCUUCCCCAGGUCCCAGCUGGUCCUGACGUGCCACCUAGCGGAUGGCAUCAUCUGUCUUGGUCCAUGGGCUUGGUGGGAACAUGCUUCUGCUUGUAGUUUUCCACACCUGAGGGCUGAUGUAGCUCAAACCACAGGGCAUCAUGCCAUUCACUCACUGCUGGGCUGGUUUAUUUCUGGGGAUGUCAGGGUACUGGGGUGUAGGCACUAAGCGGGAUCUAGAGUUCGGGUGUCUGGCUAGCAAGGAGUUCUGGACGCCUCUGGGGCUAUGAGUUUCCAUCUCAAGGUCUGUUCCAGAGAGAGGAAAGUAGUAUAGAGGUGAUUUUUAGAGAGGCUGAGACCAUGAAAACCCAAACCUAAUCCCACCAGAAACUGGGGUAAGGUCUGAAAGCUCGUUCUCUUCUUCCUCCCGGAAUAAUUGUUCCAGAAGGGAAGCUAACUCUGCCAGAGCUAGAGGCAGAUUUUUGUGCUCUUGGGAAGCGGAAACAGGCCUGGGGGAGGCUGGGUAAAGAACGCUGGGGCAAUCCCAGGCAGUAGGCAGAUACUCGGCAAGAAUGCGAAGUGACUUUCCUGGAAUCCCUCAGCUGGAGGAUGAGGCAGCAGGGAUUAGGCCGCAGCCUCAGAUCCUGAUCUUUUUUUCUUCCUAGGAAAGCAUACAUAACUUGUGUCUCUGCGGAAUCAGUGUGGCAUGUUUUGCUGGCCCAAGGCCUCAGCGAGAGGGAGAAGAGGGGUCGCUACAGCCCUCCUGCGGGUAAAACCAGCUCUCUUAGAAACCUGCCUCCAUGCAGUAGGGUGGGGGCAAGGAUGGGUGAUAGCAAAGAGGUUGAAAACCUCCCUGGGAUUGGGGAGUGAGAGCUUCCGUGUUCCCUUAAUGUCCUAGGCUAAUUCAUAAGGCAUCUAAGUCCUGGGUCUCACCCAACCUCAGAGAGAGAAAGCCUGUCCCUGAUGGUGUCCCCUCCCCCUCAAAGACAGAAAGAGAUUGAGCCAGGAACUGCCCUCACAUCCUCUGCUUUGCCCCUUCCCUUCCCUCUCCUCUGUCCCUCCCACCUAAAGCUGUUUGGGGCGCUCUCUCAGAGCCCUGGGCAGUGGCAGGCAGGGAGGAGUCCCAAGUACUGAUUCUGGUGGCCCGGAGCCCCAUGCUGUGGAUGCCAGAUUUGGCAAAUAAAAAUACAGGAUGGCCAGUUACAUUUGCAUUUCAGAUAAGGAACAAUUUUUAAGUGUAAGUAUGUCCUAGGCAAUAGUUGGGGCAUAUUAUACUAAAAUAUAAUUGGUGGUUUAUCUGAAAUUCAACUGGUCCUCCUGCAUUGUGUCUGGGGAUGCUACCCUAUGACUUUUCCCCUCUCCCUUCGGUCCCAGGGGGCCAGGAACCCCAAGGAUUUGACUUAACCAGUUUUUUGAACUGCAAUAUUGAGAAGGGGACACUGUGACUUGAAGACACAUGAAUUUAUUUUUUAAGCGACAAGAUAAGAACCUUCUGAAGCCAUUUGAGCCUCAUCUGUCCCCUCCAUGUGUAUUUAAUUAUAUAUAAAAGAAGAUAAUUACCUAGAAGCAUAUGAAGAGAAUCUUGUUUAAUCAAGAUGCAUGUCUACAACUUUCUGUAAAUAGCCGCAUGGCAACGCUGAGAGUCCCCUUGAUCUCCCAACCGCAAACCUGUUUUACAGAACUGGUUGAGGCUGUUUCUUUGAUUUUAUGUCGUGUAAAGUCUUUGUCCCCCAGCCCCACCCCUGUCUCCUCCCAUCGGAAAACCCCCCAUGGGAGCCAUCAGCAGGCGGGAGUCGGUGCCAGCUCUGGUCCAGCCCUGCCACGGGAGAUGCUGGAGGACCCUGUCGCUCUGAAGGCCUGUUUGCUGCACACCUGUCUGCAGAGCCAACCUCGGGGCCCGGUGCAGUGUCCACCCUGGUAUCUGGCAUCCCAGUUGCUUCCGUGUCCUGUGUAUGUGUAUGGUGUGCCCCUUCCUCCCACUGUCUGAAUUCACUGAAAAGCCAUAAAGGGGGUUUCCUGCUGGAGACUGGGCCUCCCUAGGCUCCUCCCAGGAGCCCCCGUGUCCCUCUGACUGGCUCCCCACAGAACACUUGUGAAGGGCUCACCUGUUGUCGCCCCCUCCUCCCUCAGCCCUGUGUCAUGAGAAUGGACAGUGUCUAGGGCUUCCAGUGGGGCCUUAGGAGAUGCCCAGGCUGUCCCUGCCCGAGCUGGCUUCCUCAGCUUGGGUUCACAGUUAGCUCCAUCUCUAUUCUGGGUGAGGCAGCAGUGGGACUCCCUGGUUCUGGAUCUUUCCUGGGGCCCCUUUGGAGGUAACCAGGACUUUCAGGAGCAGCCAGUCAGUGGCCCAGCCAGGGGUGACAGAACCAUCCCUGCUUACCUCUGUGGUUUCAGGGUCCAUGGGUGGUGAUGGAGGAGGGACUCAGGGAGAAGCCGGUGAACACAGGGGCUGAUGCUCUGCCCUCGCAUGUCCUGCAGUCUGACAGAAGCAGCCCAAUAGCGGGGCAACCUCAGGGCUACCAGGGCUCCUCUGAGAGUGGGGCAGGCAGGUUCAGCUGUGAGGGAGGGUCAGAGGUUUGGGCAGAGCAGGUGUGAACCUAGCCCCCUGACCUUCACACCUGCUCCCCAGAGCAGCACCAGCCAGCUGCACCAAGUAGCAGAGAGGUGAGUAGAGAGGCCUGGGAGCUUCUGAGGCCCCAGGUCAUCCUGUUGAACUGAGAGGGAUAGGUAGCCCCACUGCCUGCAGCCCCUGGCCCCACGAGUGCCUGAGGGCAGUAAUGCAUGGGAAGAGCCCAGGAUGCCUUAGGCCUGGCAACUGUGAUGAGUAUGAGGAAGAAGAGAGAGAACAGGAGGGGAAUCAGGCAGGGCACAUUCGAUGAGGCCCGAAGUGCCUAGGCAGGCUUGCCCUUCACAAACCACGACUCGUGAGCACACAGAAGUCCCAGGGACCUUUGUGCUGGGACAUGAAAGAGUGGAGAGGGUGGAGGGGACCAUUUCAGAGCAGGCUGGAAUCAGAUGCUUAGACGAGUGAAGACAUGUCUUGCUUCCUCCAGCUCUCUCUGGGGACCUCCCACUCUCCACACCCACAGCAGAGACAGAAAUUGAGGCAAGAGUUGAGAGAGUCUGUAUGGCGAGGUGAUGGGAACAGUGUGCACGGGGUGCCAAGAGUUCCUCCAUCCCGCCUGCCUUAGAGCUCAGGACUUUUGGGGGCUCUUCAAAGAUGCUGACCCUUCCGCCCUGACUACUGCCCAUCUAAGGACUUGAUUUGCUGCUUUCUGAAAACCCUAGGGCUGGAAACUUCAAAACCAGGGCCUGGCAGAGCCUGCCUUCACCCAGGUCACCCCACCAGGAGCCCUGCCUUUGUCUCCAUAGGAAGGACACAUGUACAGUCCUCACCCCGCCCCAUUCCCCACCUCUGCUUGGCAGUGCUCUCCAUCCCCCUUAUGUGGACUCUGUUGUUCUUGUCUGAUCUCUUGUCAAAUUGUUAUUUUGUAAUGAGCUGCGCCUCCUUAUUAAAGAAAUGAGCUGAAAGAAACCUG